GUAAAUAGAAGGUCAAACUGUUUAGAGGGAAGUACAAUUUCAUGCUUUUUAAACGCAGAUCAUAUUAACAGUUUUUGUGCCAAAAAGUUCAAAUAAAUUUGGCAAACUAUGACCUAUGCCACGGAGGGUAAAUUAAAACUCUCUGCGUGGGUUAGCAGCAUCGGAAUAAAACAGACUUUUUAAAAUUGUUUAUUCUUACCGCAAACUGAUUCGGAUGUAGAUUAUUAGGGAAUGAAUUUAUAGAUUACUUUUCAUUUAACUUGCCUAAUAACUUGAAUUUAUUUUUGCCUCCAUGGAUAAAUGAGCUUUAAGCUAAAUAUUUCUACGUCUAAUGCUUUCUGUUUCGUUAUCACAAGGGUUAGCACGUAAGAGAAGCGGUCUUUCGACCAAGACCGUUAUUCCAGUUUCCCCGCUGCCUCCUACAGCAGAUCAAAACGCAACAAGUCAACAGCCUGGUACCGAGACUGGUUUUGUUGUAACACCGCUCCCGUGGCCACAUAGUACCAAUGUUGCUGUAAGCUCAACAGCCGUCGCUUCACAUACCACUCCACCUCAAGAAACCUCGACCACAACAGCGGCUCCCAUGGAAUCAAAUCAAGCACGUUCAAGGACAAUUGUCCCGGUUGGUUGCUAUCGAGACUCCUACGUACAACCACGGCCUCUUCCCGAACUGAUAGCCACUAUCGAUGGUAAAGAUGUUAAUAAAACUAUUAUGGCAUGCGCUGAGAAAGCGCGUGAAAAAGGGUUCAAAUUCUUUGGGAUCCAGUACUACACGGAGUGUUGGAGUGGUACUGGCGCAGAGAAAACUUAUGGACGGGAUGGUACAUCAAAGGACUGUGAAAAUGGCGUCGGGAAAUCUGCAGCGAAUUUUGUGUACAGGUUUGGGGAUUAUAAAAUGCCUCCUUGCCCACCGUGUGCCAAGCCGCGCCGCCUGUGUUUUCCCGCCGUUUCUCGAGUGACGCUGGAGUCGGGUGUGAGCAUCACUAUGAGGCAGCUGAGCAUUGGAGACCGAGUCCGGACACUGGGAACGAAUGGAGAAACAAUCUUCAGCGAAGUGAUCGCUUUUCUGCACAAAGAAAUCAAGACUGUGGCACAAUUUUACAUCCUAAAGACCAACAGAGGAAACGUCGUUAGAUUGUCGCCGCAGCACUUGAUUUUCAGGAAGACAAAUACUUCGUCGCCAAUUUCUGCCGUAUUUGCCUCAGAAAUCAAUAUCGGAGACUUGCUUUAUACUUCGAAUGGGAACAUCACUGGCUUUCAAGCGGUGAAUCAAAUUGCCAUGACAGCAGAGACGGGCGUAUAUGCUCCCUUAACUAGGCAAGGGACUUUACUGGUAGACGGUGCCCUGGUGUCGUGUUAUGCUCACUGGUAUUCUCAUGACACCGCUCAUCUAGUAAUGGCGCCUCUUAGAGCUGUUAACACGCUCUAUGCAGCCUGGAAACGACUGGCCAGUGUAAUUCAUUUGACACAGUGGCACACUUCUCAACAAACAGAAGGGAUUCAUUGGUACGCUAGUGUUCUUAUGCCAUUGACCUAUAUCUUUCUACCACUGUAACGAUAAACAUCGACGGAAUGAUAACCUAAACAAGAUCCUCCACUGAAGAAGUGCAGAUGGCCAAAACAAAACAAAAAAGUUUAACAAGCUAGUUUAGGUCAAUAGAGUCUCUGCAAAUUAGCCCGUAACUUAGAUUUUAUCACUUGAUUUUCGCUUUUGAUAGAGAAAACGAGUGUUUUAACUGAGUGAGUAAUUAGAGCGGCUUUUAACUGUCGUGAAACCAAACCAAUAGGCUAUAUUCGUAUUGCUGGUAUUGGACUGAAACUACCAUCAUGGACAAAUUGUGUUGGAAAAUGCCAAAAUCAUGAAAUCAUAACCGUAAUACCUACAGAAUGAGUGUCAACAGCCCCAUUCGCCCAUUCAACGUUGGAAAAUGGUAAAACGCAAACUUGUGUCAGAUGAAAGUGUUUUGUCAACAUUGCUCAGGGUUGGGGAGAGGCAAAAUGUGUAUAGAAUGAUUUUUGUCCAACCCUUGUGACCAAGGUUGCUAGCUUGCAACUGAGGCUAAUGCGGGAAGUCUUUUCAAAUGCAAAUGACAUUAAUCCCAUCUUAAUGAUACUCCUCGAUACGAGCCUCCAUUGCAAGCUAGUUCCAGUCCAAUACCGAGAAUACCAAUAUGGUCUAUUUGAUUUGGCCGUUAUGGAGAGGCAGGGGUGUAAGAUGGCACCUGGUUUUUCUCGGGGUGCAACAUACUUUGCCAACACAUGCUUAUUUUAGCAUAUAUAAAUCAAAAUGUAUUAAUAAAACUAAAAAUAAACAGAAACAGAGACACGGCACAAGAUUGUGACCACCGUUCGUCAGUCGUUGAUUAACUGGUCGUUGUCGAGAGGUCAUUUUGGAAAUAGUUUUAGUGGCCGUUGCAGUGGCCCGCGGGCAGGCUCACCUUUUAAUCACACGUGCGAGUGACGAAGAGCAAAGCGAUCGGCGGGAUGGUCUCGUCUCGCAGCUUCACCACUCGAUUACGCGCUAGCGACUACGCCACUCGCCUUGUGCUACAAAACGAGAGCCUGCUCGCAGGCUACCGUUGCCGUUGUGGAGAGGUGGCUGUUGUAGAGAGGUUGACAUAAGAGUGAACGUAUGGACUGUCCGCCGGAACCAAAAUAGUGGCCGUUAGUGGAGGUUCCACUGUGUUUCAAGUUUCUUUAAAUUCACUGUCGGUUUGAUUUGUUGAUCAUCAGUUACCAGGGUA